AGUCGGCUCAGAUAGUUUCUUGCUUGAAGUGACUGCAGUGAAAUGCCUAAUAUUUUCUGGCAUAGAAGCAGCAUUGACCAGGGACAGCUGAAUUUGGAAGACGUAAUCUCUUCAGCUCCAAGCAUAGAAAGCUUUAUUUGAAAGUCCUGCUCUACAGAGAGUCAGCUCGUCCAACCUGCCCUCCCGGAAGGUUGGCUGGAGGAUGGGGGCAGUGGCUGUGCCUCCCUCUGAGCUCGCUGCUUGAAGUCCUUUUAACUUGCUUUCUGCACCAGGGAAGAGGCUUAUUGUGUUUAUUCAAAUGUCCAAUUUACAGUAAAUAUUUACCCAGAGGGCAGUUGAAUGAAUAUAUGAGGCAUCUAAUAUUAUCCAAUUGCCCUAGCUAACUUCUUUUUAAAAAAAUCAACUUUAAGUUUUACUGAAUACAAGAUGAAAAUGUGGCUUAUGAAUAUUCAUCUUAUGAUAUCUGUAACAGUAUGCCUAUCAGAGUUUUCAUGGCACAGACGAUAUGGUCAUGGAGUUUCUGAGGAAGACAAAGGAUUUGGACCAAUAUUUGAGGAGCAGCCUAUCAAUACCAUUUAUCCAGAGGAGUCACCGGAAGGAAAGGUUUCAUUAAAUUGUAGGGCACGAGCCAGCCCUUUCCCAGUUUACAAAUGGAGAAUGAAUAAUGGAGAUGUUGAUCUGACAAGUGAUCGGUACAGUAUGGUAGGAGGAAACCUUGUUAUCAACAACCCUGACAAACAGAAAGAUGCUGGAAUAUACUACUGUUUAGCAUCAAAUAGCUACGGGAUGGUUAGAAGCACCGAGGCAACCCUGAGCUUUGGAUAUCUUGAUCCCUUCCCACCUGAGGAGCGUCCUGAGGUCAAAGUAAAAGAAGGAAAAGGGAUGGUACUUCUUUGUGAUCCUCCAUACCAUUUCCCAGAUGAUCUUAGCUAUCGCUGGCUUCUAAAUGAAUUCCCUGUAUUUAUCACAAUGGAUAAACGAAGAUUUGUUUCCCAGACAAAUGGCAAUCUCUACAUUGCAAACGUAGAGGCAUCAGACAAAGGCAAUUAUUCUUGCUUUGUUUCCAGUCCUUCUAUUACGAAGAGUGUAUUCAGCAAAUUUAUCCCACUCAUCCCAUUACCAGAACGAACAACAAAACCAUACCCUGCUGAUAUCGUAGUUCAAUUCAAGGACAUAUAUACACUAAUGGGCCAAAAUGUGACUUUAGAGUGUUUUGCCCUUGGAAAUCCUGUCCCUGAUAUUCGAUGGCGGAAAGUCCUAGAACCAAUGCCAAGCACUGCUGAGCUCAGCACCUCUGGGGCUGUCCUCAAGAUUUUCAAUAUUCAGUUAGAAGAUGAAGGAAUAUAUGAAUGUGAAGCUGAAAACAUUAGAGGAAAGGACAAACACCAAGCGAGAAUUUACGUUCAAGCAUUUCCUGAGUGGGUAGAACAUAUCAAUGACACAGAAGUGGACAUAGGCAGUGAUCUCUAUUGGCCUUGUAUAGCCACAGGGAAGCCCAUUCCUGGAAUCCGAUGGUUGAAAAAUGGAUAUCCGUAUCAUAAAGGUGAAUUGAGACUAUAUGAUGUGACUUUUGACCAUGCUGGAAUGUACCAGUGCAUAGCUGAAAACACACAUGGAGCUAUUUAUGCAAAUGCAGAGUUGAAGAUCUUGGCUUUGGCUCCAACUUUUGAAAUGAAUCCCAUGAAGAAAAAGAUUCUGGCUGCUAAAGGAGGAAGAGUUAUAAUUGAAUGCAAACCUAAAGCUGCACCUAAGCCAAAAUUUUCAUGGAGUAAAGGGACAGAAUGGCUUGUUAAUAGCAGCAAAGUACUCAUUUGGGAAGAUGGCAGUUUGGAAAUUAAUAACAUUACAAGGAAUGAUGGUGGUAUCUAUACAUGCUUUGCAGAAAAUAAUAGAGGGAAGGCUAAUAGCACAGGGACUCUUGUUAUCACAGAUCCCACACGAAUUAUAUUGGCCCCAAUUAAUGCCGAUGUAACUGUUGGAGAAAAUGCCACCAUGCAAUGUGCUGCCUCAUUUGAUCGUUCCUUGGAUCUUACAUUUGUUUGGUCCUUCAAUGGCUAUGUGAUUGAUUUUAACAAAGAAAAUACUCAUUACCAGCGGAAUUUUAUGCUGGAUGCCAAUGGGGAACUACUCAUUCGAAAUGCCCAACUCAAGCAUGCUGGGAGAUACACGUGCACAGCCCAGACAAUUGUGGACAAUUCGUCAGCUUCCGCUGAUCUUGUUGUAAGAGGUAAAAACAGAAAAGGUGGCGAGAAAAACAAAGUGGAUCCUUUUCUCCCUGUCUGUGCAAGCCUCCCUCCAACCUGGUGAUCGUUGACAUUCACCAUUUAUGUGAAACUUUUUUAUUAACAUGACAUAUUAGGUUUUACUAAUUAACUCAAUCUUGUAGUUUAUAGAUUUUUGCCUCCAUCUAGUUUUUAGAAACCAUGUUUUUCUUCUAAAACCUUUAAACAUACUUUGAGAAGAAAUAAACUUAAAUAUAUAAUGUACAGCUUCACUAACAUCUGAAAUAUGACUAGUGAAGUAACAGAAAAUAUUAUGUAAUGAUCAAGUGAGAUUUUUGUAUUUCCAAGUUCUGUUUUUCUUUGAAAUUGUGUUUCUCAGAAAUCACUAUUAUAUGAUUUUUUUGAACUGCAAAUUGUAAUACAUGAAUACUGGUACUGUUUGAUUUACUCAAGCAGGUAAUGAAAUAUGUUGUGAAAUUCACUAAUGACCCAUUAUAACUAAAAUGUAAAAUAAGAAACACUACUUUAGAGACUUUUCGUAAAAACUUUCCUUGGAAUGGAUGAAUGAAAAGUAGGCUUGCUAGGGCUUUGUAGGGACUUUCCAACAAUUUCAGGAAUUGGAAAAUAAAAACAGACAGUAUAGGGAAAAUGUUAUCUCAGUAAUAAGAUUUAAGUGAAGAUGACUAAGACAACUGAUAAUAUGCAUAUAUGUGUAUGUACAUAUAUAUAUUCUCUUACUAUUAAACUACUUGUAAUUUUUUCUUUGGGGAGGAAAGUUUAAAGGAAUACAUUAAAUUUUAUAUAUAUUAUAUAUACAUACAUAUACAUAACUUUCUGAUACUGCUUAAAGUCUAUUGCCUGAAAAUGCCUUUCAUUUUUCCCCUGUGAUAGGAGAGACAUAUCUAAAAUCCCUGCUUCCUUACAAAUAGUUUUUCUGAUCUUAAAUAGGCCUAUCCUGAGGACUGAGGUGUUGCUGUCAUUGAUCUUUUAAUGAUUUUUUGGUCAACAAUAAAUUGUGUAUAUUACAGAGGUUUCAAUAAGCUAUACCAUGUAGCCGAGGUGAUGCUAUACAAUCUGUGUUUGAAUAAUUAAUUACACUUUUCUAUAUUAUCACAAUGACAAAAUUUUCCAAAGACCUACUUCUCAUAUCAUAUUCCCAUUUUAAGGGCUAAAUGAUUGUAUAGAGCUUUCUUAUUUAAUAACCCUAAUAUCCAGAUCUAUAUUUGAAGAUUUUUAAGAAAAGAUUUGAGGGAUAGAAAUAUUACUUAACUCUAUAUAACUGUAUAUAAUUUGUUGAUAGUUUAUAGAAUAAAUAUCUCAAUAAUUUUUAUUUCUAUUUGCUGUUAAACUUUUUAUUUUUUGUCUCAGUUAUUUUCUCAGAAGGUAUUAUUAUAGAAUUUAGACUGCAUCCAGGUAAAUUUGCAUUUUAAUGGCAUUUAAAACUAGCUUGAGGACAUUCAUGCAUCAGUAAGUAUCACCAUGGAGACACACACACAAGUCAUCAUUGUAGACAUCCUUUUAGAUAUUCUAUUAGUAAAAGUAUAAAAGACUAGAUAGGUUUACCAUUUUAAAAGAAAGUAUAAAAACUAAAAAUGAAAAUGCAUUACAAGCAUAGCUAGAAUUAGAAAGUGAGAGCCUUUUGGGGUAAAUUUCAAGUGUCAAGUUGAAUUAUGCAAUUUUAGUCAUCUCACUUUAUCCAAAUUUCUAGUUAAGAUCUGAAUUUAGAGAUCCAAGUGAUAGUACAGAGGUAAGGAUGUUUUCUGUGCACACAGCUGACCCCUGUUGAACUCCAGCCCCCUAGAGGGUUCUCCUAACCUGCCAAUAGUGAUCCCUGAGCAUAGAGCCAGGAGUUAGCACUGAUGGGAAGAUUUGAAUCCAUAUUAAUCAACAUUAGAUAUAAUAAAGCAGUAAUGUUCUAAGAUGGUAAAAAUAUGUGGCAGUUUCAUAUUAGUAGUUUUAAAUCCAAAAAUCUACAAAUAGUGAUUUGUAUUUUUAUAACAUAGAGUCUUAACUAAUUUGUAUUGUAAGAAUGAGUGUAAAAUAAAAGGACUUUAGUUAACAUAUUAAGAAUAUAUUAGCUGCUCAUAUGUAAACCAAUGCUUUUUCAGUUGUUUUAAUUUCAUGUUCUUUUUUCAAAUAGACAGUAAUAUUUUUCCAAGACUUUUGUUUCCCUAUUCAAACAUUUAUUAAAAGUUGCUACUUUAGUGAAACUAAAAUGAACCACAGAAUGUUUUACUUUUAAUUACUAGCUGGAAAAUUCUAAGUGGAAAGAUAAUUUUGCUAGGAUCCUGCUUUUAUCAGUUCCAGAAUAUCAAAAGUUUCUAAAUGGUUAAAAAGAAUAUCUUCAAGAAAUUCAAGAAGUGAAUAUCUUGAACAGACACAUUUCUUUUUAUUGUUGAUGGUGAGGUUGGGGACUUCCCAAGCAGUGCUCAAAUAGCCUGUUUGGGUGCCUCUCACCGCAGUGUGCUGCCAACUGGCCUUGUGGUUCUAUCACAAGGGUCUCAGAAAUCCACAGGCUCUAUAGUGCCACGGAUUAUCUAGAUCACCAAGAUGAGGGUGGAGGUCUCCAGGGAUACAAACAGAUGUUUGGCACUAUAGACUGAGCUGGGGACCACUGCAUGCAAGACAAGUGCCUUUACUUGCAGUUGAUCAAUAGGUGAUGACUCAAUGUUAGGGAAUGAGAGUGCAAGUAUACACUACUGUGCAGAGGACCACCAGGUGCCAAGGAGCUUCCAGGGCCACUUCCUGGUGGACUGGGGGGGUGUGGUUUGCAUAUGGUGCUGGAAUUUUUGUGCCUAGCAGAUGCUUUAUUGAGCAAUCUCAUUGGUCCCAUAAUACUAUUUUUAAAUAAUUAUAUUAUUGAAAAAUUGGCCCAAAUGACAAAUUGAAUCCAAAUUCUAAAGUGACAGUGGUCUGUUCAUCCAGGCUUGUGUUUCUUAAUCUUUAAAUUAGAGAAAAACAAUAGCAAAUAAAUAACAAAUAAACAGCAAGUUAAAUAGGGAAAAUAAUAGCAAAUGUACUAUUUGUCUCUUGAUAAGAAUUAUAAAAGAUUCUAUGAUAUCUUUCAUGUGACAUAAUAAAGAUUCAAUAGCAUGCAUUACUUUUUAAAAUAUACAAAAUUACUUUUACUUCAUUUUUUCUUUUCAUAUAUUUGGUUUGGGGGCCAUACCCAGCAACGAUCAGGGCUUACUUCUGUCUGUGUGCUCAGGGAUCACUCACUUCUGAUGAGGCUCUGGGGACCAUCUACUGUACAAGAAAUUGAACCCUGGUUGACCACAUGCACGGCAAGCACCCUCCCACUGUACUAUUCCUCCAGUCCCCUUUCUUUUCUUUUUUUUUUUUUUUUUUAAUUUUAUUGAAUCACCAUGUGGAGGGUUACAUAGUUCUCAGGAUUAUGUCGGUUAUACAAUUCUCAAACACCCUUCACUUCACCAGUGCCCAUCUUCCAUCACCAACCCCCCCAGUAUACCUGCCGCCCCCUCCCACCUCCCCAGUCCCAACCCUUGCACAUGAUAUGUUUCACUUCGUUUACGCCUUAUUUCGAUUACAUUCCAUGUUUCGAUACACAACUCACUACCGUUGUUGGGGUUUCCCCCAAAAAAGAAAAGCAGUCCUAUUGCCAAGGAGGCAUUUGAUAGUUCUCCAUUGCUAAGAAUAUAGAGAUAUUAAGUCCCGCUGUUUGUUACAUAGUUUUUCUUUUUCCCCCUUGCCCCGCGCCACCGAGUUCACGCCUGUUUUAGUAAUCGCCACGCUGCCUGACAAGGGAAAAAAACCGAAAAGGAUGGUUAUUUCCCGUCAUCAGCAGGCGUGGGGCUCUGGCUUAGUUGAUAGACUAGUAGAGUGUCUCCAAGCAGUCUCUGGACCCGAAGGUCUUGCGCUGGUAUCGGCUCCGGCUCGAGAUUCCACCAGCGUCCCGCUGUUCCUUGUACAUAAUUUUUCCCCUUAUAUCCCAUUCCCACGCCACCAGGUCUGCUUGCUUAAUGGACAUCACACUGUAGUUGAUGACACACCGCGUUUCUUCCCGAGAAAGAAGAAAAUUUCUUCUCAACCGGCGUGGGGAUAUAGCUUAGUUCAGUCUAGUGAGAUGGCUACCACUUUGAUUGCCUUCAAUAUUUCAGCAACAGACUUACUAUUAGGAUCUCCCACAAAAGUCCGCCCCAUUAGAAAGGAACCAUUACAUAUUGCUCAUACUAAGAUGACAUUAGGUUUUGGGUUUCUGUAUAAAGUCCAGGGAAAGUACAACCAGAAAUAACAUCACUACAAACUUUUACCCUUUUAUGGUGCUCAUAAGAUGGAGAAACCUAGAGAGAGGCUCGGCGUCUCCCUUUUGCGCUCAGGAAAACCGCGGCCCCUGCGCUGUGCUCAGGAGGGAGGAGUUGAGAGAGAGACAGGUUAAAAGAAUUGGGGGAUGCCCGGGUCCCACUGCUUCAGCACGCCGUGGGGUCUCUGGUCCCAUGCCGGAAUUAGUUCAGUGGGCUGCUUGGGGUCCGAGGGCGCUCCCUCGGGCCCCUCCAUCGUGCUCACUCCACAGCCGGGUCCAAAAGCUCCCCUUUCUUUUUAUUUCUGAUUUUUUUGGCUACGCCUGAAGGUGCUCAGUGCUGCUCCCACACUAUACUCAGGAUCAAGCCUGGUAAUUCCUGGUAAUGUUUGAAGUACCAAGUGUAGUGGUGGGGAAUCAAACUGCUUGAGAGCAUGAAAGGAAAGCACCUUACCCCUGUAUCUCUCUGGCUCUAACUUCCUUCAUUAAUCUAAAACAAGUAUAUAGCAAUAAUCAUGUUGUGAGUUCAUAACUCAAUUUUGAAAUACAGACAAAUCUAAGAAAAUGAUAGUGUAAACUCAUCAGUGUUCAGGUAAUUCUUUGGAAAGAUUUUGCAGACAUUGCAUAUAAAUAGCAUCAUAUGACUUCUAAUUUUUUAAAUUUUUAUUGGGGGAGAGAGUUAGGUACACCCAUUUUUGCAUAGCUACUUUUGCUGACUCUGUGCUCAGGAGUGAGAGUGAUUGCUGAUGGUGGUUGGGGGACUACAUACAGUACUUGGAGGAAUACAUGUAGUGCUGGAGAUCAAACUGGAACCAGUAAUAUGUGAAGCAACCACCUUACCUCCUGUACUGUCUUUCCAGCCUAUAAUCAUGUUUAACUGAUCCUUUUUUUUUUUAUCUCAGCCCCGGGUCCCCUGCAUCUUAUAGCCUACUUCUCCCUCUGGGAGAACCUGGCAAGCUACUGCGAGUUUCCUGCCCACAUGAGAGAGCCUCGCAAACUCCCCAUGGUGUGUUCAUAUGCCAAAACCAGUAACAAUGCUGGGUCUCAUUCUCAUUCCCCUGUCCCUCAAAGAGCCUCCAAUGCGGCAUCAUUGGGAAGGACGAGUAAAGAGAGGCUCCUAAAAUCUCAGGGCUAGGACAAAUGGAGAUGUCACUGAAACUGCUCGAGAAAUUUAAUGAUCAAUGGGAUGAUGAUGAUGAUGAUGAUUUUUUUUUAUCAUUUUGGUGAAAAGAACAAAUAUACAGUUUUUCAGAAAAUCCAGUUACUUGUACUGACUAGAUGAGUGUGUGUUUGUGUUUGUUCACAAAAGUAUGUGUGAGCACUCUUGCUGCCGCAUGCAUUCAGUGGCCGUGAGCCCCUUUCCCCAUCCUGGCCAGCAGCUGCCAAUGAAGGAGGGAACAGGAUUUCCAAGCUGGUUGGUGAUCAGUUGCAGUUUAAUCUCCUUCCCACUCUUUAUUCCAUUUUCCCGGCAUGCCUCUUCCAUUCUUUCAGUGGAGUGCCACAUUCCAGUUUCAUAUUGCCCCUCCUCCUGUCCUUCAUGCUAGUUUCUCCUGCGCAGUUUCAAGGACUUAGUCAUCAAUACCCCAGAAAUUGGAAUAGCAAAUACAAAUAGGUGAGAUAACACAAUCAACAUAUGGAAAGCCCUUCUAGAAGCUCUUCUAGGACAAGGAUUUCAUCUGUUAGGAUAUCCGCUCAAGGCAGGAGUUUCACCUAAGGGCACAUUUCUCCUUUCCUUAGUCCAUAUUUAUUUAAAUGGUCAUCUUAAAUUUAUUUCUUAAUAUUCCUUAUAGUCAUGUUGUAUGUACACAGUAAGAGAUAUGUUAAGCUUAUAGGGGGGCUCGCUCUCCUGGGGACAUCUUGCUAUAGGUCCCAGACUACAGUUCUCAGGCCAUAUUAGUCCUUCCUAACUCCAGCAGGGUCCUUGUCCAGACAGUUCUCUUUGGAUCAUUACGUAAUUUGUCCUUUGUCCCAUUUCGAUGCAGGGUAGCUCACAGCUUGCCCUGGGUCUGUCCAAGUUCUUUUGUUGGGAUCCUGCCUUUGGGGUGCUAGGAACUAAGGGCAGUUGAGGUUUAAAGAAAGUAAAUGUGACAGAUGCCCAGGAGUAAAUAUUAUUCAGAGCCAUUUAACUCCUAGGUUACAAAGCAUAGCAUCACUGUCUUCCUGUAUCUAUACAAAAAGGACAUUGUUCUAUAGUAAACUAUGCAAAGGACAUAAGGGAAAGAGAAAAGCAAUAUUUCACCUACAAACACAAAAUUUAGAAUCCUUAGAAGAAUCUGUUUUACAAGUCACAGGAUCUGAUUUAGGGGUAUAAGCAUAGGGGAAGCAGAGCACAAAGGAGAAACUAAAGAUAAAGUCAGAGGAAUAGGGAUGCCUCAGGAGCACUGUGAUGGGUGUAACCCAAAAAAACCAAACUCCCUGCAGCAAGAGAGAAAGGACAGAGGAGAAAGGACUAACCAAUGUUAUCCUAUGUUUAUGUGUGUGUGUUUAUGGCAAUAAACUCUCUAGACUUAGCAUCCCUUUGUAAAAUUUAUGGGUUUUGGCUUUUGAGUUCUAAAAAUGUAUGUAUCCAUACCAAAUUUCAAGAUAUUUAUGUUAUUUGUCUAUAGUCAAUAGUGUAACAUUUAAAAAAAAAUCCUACAAACCUGGAAAGAGACCCUAAAUAGACCUUUAGAAUAUGGAUGUUUUGACCAUAGGGAAAUCUUAUGGAGAAAUUUUGUUAAAUAUCCUCUGAGAUGUAUAUUUAAAGCUGAAGUGAAUAUUGUGGGCAAAAAGCAAGAAUAUAAGAUGGAGGUCAUGCAAAUGGAAAAUUAAGAAUAGUCCAUAUGGCAGAUUUUACUUAAAUAAUUAAAUAAGAAGGUGUAAUGAAAACAUACUUGUUUAUACUUCUAAUUAUAUAUAAUGGGAAUUUGGUCAUUUGGGUAGACCCAAAACAAUAAUACUUGACUCUUUAUAACAUCUGUUAACUUUUAGAAGAUUCAGGAAAUUAAGCUAGCAGGACCAUCUUGUAGAUAAGCUUAGUAGAAUGAAUUUUAUAAAACUCGAGGGCAUGCACAAUGGUGACGAAAAGCAAGGGAUGCUGAUAAAACUAUUUAUAAAAAUAUAAUACAAAACAUGCUUUAACUAACUUAUUAUCCCUUCCUUGCAUCUUUUCUUUCUUAUUAAAUUUUUGAAAUUUUAUUUAAGCACUGUGAUUUACUAAGUUGUUCACAAUACAGUUGUUUCAGGUCUUCAAUAUCCCAACAUCAGUCCCACCAACAAUGCACCCUUACUUCCACCACUGUUGUUACCUCGCAAGCCUUCUUCCUUAGCAGUAACAAUAUAUUUCACUUGAUUUAUUUCUAUUUUCGUUUUACGGCCAUACCCAGUGAUGUUCAGGGAUUACUCUGGAUCUGCACUUAGGAACCACUCCUACAGUGCUCAGGGGACCAUGUGGGAUGCCUGGAAUUGUACUCAGGUUGACUGUAUAUGAGGUGAGCACAUUACCCUCUGUACUAUCCAGUCCCCACAAAAUAGUUUACAUUAUAUUGCUUAUUACAACAUAUAUCUUGAAAUGAUGUUACUAAAGUACUAAAGUCAUUGAGGAUUUCCUGAGCUAUUAAGUGCUAAUUGAGCCUUCUGUGUUCUGUUUUCACGCUGAGAGUAGUGGGCUUCUAUGUGACUUUCCUGGUUCCUACUGGUCUGUCAACACUGUGAAGUUUGGAGUUAUGUGGCCACAAAAGCCAGGAACUUUGGAACUGGGACAAUUCAGCUGCCGUGGCCUCUGAGGAUGAGUCAUGAAGCCGGGCCAUUACAGUGGCGUUGGGAGCAAGAUAUGGGUGGGGCCUACGUUGGCUCGGGGUGAUCAGACCUACCUGAAAUGGCUCAGCUGCCAGCAUCUCCCUCCCCACGUACUCUCUUUCAUGUCUUAUUUUUUCUAUGUCUUCUCAUAUUCUUCUUUCUAACUCCCUAAAUAUAUCAAAGAGGUAAGAGAUACUGUGGAAUCAGAGAGACAGUACAGUAGGUAAAGAACUUGCCUUGCACGCAAGCCGGAUACCUGGGACUGCAUAUGGUCCCAUGAGCCUGGCUGAAAGUGAUCACAGAGCAUAAGGUCAGGAGUAAAUCUAUAGUCAGCUCUGGCCCCCAAAGUCAAAAGAGUAUUGCUAAAAAGCUUUUUCCAAGGCUUAUAAAGAAAGAGCAUAUAUGUAUGUAUAUAUAUAUGUAUAUAUACAUUUUGUAAAAAAUAUAUACAUAUAUAAAAUAUAUACAUAUAUAUGUGUAAAAGAGCAAAAUCCUCCUAAUCCUUCCUUUAAUUUUGAAGGAUAAAAACUCAUGAAAGAAGUAAAAUGAAGGAAGACUAAAAUAACAAAAAUUUUUAACUUAUUAAGACUAAAAUAUUUUGUAACAAAAUAAAUCUAGUCACUUAAACGAAUCACAAAUCACAAAAUCCCCAUUAAUAGUCGUUUUCUUUCUUGAGCGGGCUCAGUAACCUCUCCAUUCGUCCUUUCCCUGAGAUCUUAGAAGUCUCUCUCGGCUCCGCCCUCUCAAGGAUAUCGCACUGGCACUGGAGGCUCUUUCAGGGUCAGGUAAUGAGAUCCAGCUUGUUACUGGAAUUAGCAUAUGAAUACACCAUGGGAAGCUUGCAAGGCUGUUCAUGUGGGCAGGAAACUCCCACAAGCUUGCUAGUUUCUCCCAAAGGGAGAAGUAGGCUACAAGAUAUUGCUUCUGGGAGCUUGCUUUUAAGUCUCUGGGUGCUGACCGUUAAUGGAAUUACACACACCUGGGUUCCUCUGCCGGUACCUUCAUGCGUGAGGCCUGUCUGAACGUAUGGAGAGGGGCCUCGAGCAUGGCUGUAGCUAGGUUCCGGUGGUCUUCGGCCGCCGGGAGCUCUGCUCGGGUUGGGGAGGGAAGCUGGAGCCCAUCCCCUGUGAGGGGCCCCGGGGAAGACAGCCAGGCGUGCGGGCAAGAGACUCUCUGCACUUAAAUGCAGAUUAAAUACAAAUAAUCCUUACCAUUUAACCAGUUUAUACAGUUCAUUCCAAUUUAAAAUUGGGAUAUACCUUAAGACAUGUGAUAUCACCAAAGUAUGAAUCUUUUUCCACUAUAGUGUCCCUAAUUUUGUCCACAAGUGUUUCCACUAAAAAGCUCUAAAUUUGGCAUAGUAUUCUUGGGAAUUAUUAGCUAUCUUCCUGAAAAGCUUUAAAACUAGAGAGGUAUCAGUAGAGUAAUAAUGAAAUAAUCUGUGUAUAACAAUUUUUUUAUUUACAUUUCCUACAGUUUAAAUUCUUAAACAGUUUUCAGAGAUUAGGAACUUGGUCCAAAGGGGUGAAGUACAUGCCUAGCAUGUGUGAAGCCUGAGUUUGAGUGAAGGAACUAGCAUCUGCCAUGCUCCAUUUCCUAGCACCACUGGGUAGUGUCCUUUCCUUGCGACUAGCAAGACUGGCCGCUACCACCCCAAAGCAAGGACCCACACACCAAUUUUUCAGAUGAUGAGCCAGACAAGUAUUGGGAUACUAUCAUUGGAAGUGAUCCCUCCAUCCUCCACCUCAACAAUAGAAAAAAAAUUUUUUUGUACAGCAAUGGGAAUUUGGAAUGAGAAUGUAAAGGGGAAAGUGGAGAGAGACGGGCAGGAAGAGUACUAAAAGAAACUCAAGAAUCAGAAUUAUUAUUUUUUUUUCCCUUGAUGAGUCAAUAGGGUAGUCUGAUCCUAGAAGCCUUCCCUUGUGCUGAGGGACAAGUAACUGCAUGACUUUAUUUUCAGCCCGAAAAUUUCUCCAUUCUGAUAAGAGAAAAGAACAAGUAAUACAGGAUGAAUGGUUUGAAAACCCUUUGGGGAGAAGGUUGGUCCUGAGUUGAAUAAGUAGGUUAUUAAAUUUUAAUCUCUAAAGUACUACUUAUUUUUGCUACAUUAUAUAACAAAAAUUUCCUCCAUCAUAUUUGCCAAUAACACUACCAUUAGUGAAAUAAAUGUGGUAAAUCAACAAAUAGUAAAUGAAAAAAAAAUGGACAAAAAGUAAAUUAAAAAAAAGUGGUAAAUGACAGAUUCCUGUCAAUUAUUAACACAUACUUUUAAUUAUCUUGGGCUCUGAAUUACAAGGCUUAAAAACCUUAUACAAGUUUCAGUUAACUGCUAACAUUUACUGAGAUCUUUUCAGGAAGUCAGCUUAGCCUUGUUUUAUUUGUUGAACCAACUGACAGUGCUCAGGGCUUACUGCUGACAGUGCUCUGGGAAGCAUGGUGCAGGCUGAGCACAAUGCAAGGACCUGUCCCCCAAGCUUUGUAUUAUUUAGUGGUGUUAAUUAAAUCAUAACCAGAUGUAUACACAGUGUGUGUUCAUGAAGCUCCGAAGUAGAGAUUGGUUCAGGUGGUCUGCGGUCUGUUUUUGUAAAGUUCGGUUUGGUUUUGGAGUCACAACUGGUGGUGUUUAAGACUUACUCCUUCCGCUGAAAGUGGUGAUCCUCAUAGGACCAUAUGUACCAGGAAUUGAACCAGAGUCACUUGCAAGGCAAAUGUUUUCUGUACUGUUCUCUGGUUUCUAAAUAGAGUUUAACUGAAACACAGCUUUGUCCAUUUAGUUAUAUGCUUACACUGCUUAGGGGCUGGAGCGACAGCACAGCUGCUACAGCAUUUGCCUAGCACUCGGCUGACCCAGGUUCGAUUCCUCCAUCCCUCUCAGAGAGCCCGGCAAGCUACCAAGAGUAUCCCGCCCACAGGCAGAGCCUGGCAAGCUCCCCAGGCGUAUUCAAUAUGCCAAAAACAGUAACAACAAGUCUCACAAUGGAAACGUUACUGAUGCCCGCUCGAGCAAAUAGAUGAAGAACAAGACAGCAGUGCUAUGACGGCGACAAUUAAAUCAUAAAAAACAAUUCUGUGUGAAAUUUUAUUAUUCCAAUUUUAAAGAUGGACAAAUAAAAGCUUAGUAAAUUUAAGGAACUUGCUCUGACUGGCAAGCAAGGCGAGCCCCUGCGGUGGAGAGGACGGCCCCUGUGCACGUCCGCUCCCGUAGCCCCUGCAGCCCCCGCAGUGGAGAAGACGGCCCCUGAGCGCGUCGGCUCCGGCAGUCCUUGGCGUCCAUGAGCCCCAAUACUUUGGCGGCAUCCAAGGGUGAAGGAAAGGACUGCUGUCCCCACAGAGUCAUGGGCCGGCUACUCCCACAGCAUUGUGGCACACAGCACAGGUGCCGUUGUUGUCCUGAUAUUCCAGAUCCAGAGUGUGACAGGUACCGCUGUGGGCGCGUAACAGAGGUGAGUUUAGGGUCCAUGCAGGAGAGUGGACCGAUUUCAUGGACUUCUGAUUGACACCGUGCACAGAGAUCUGUCUUUUUCAGUGUUUGGAAUGAGGACCAGAGCCAGAACACUGGUUCCGGAUAUCUUUUUGCUUUCUGAACUCUCCAUUGGGCCCGCACACAGCUACCCGAUGGCCCAAUUCUGGAUCUCUGACAUCCGUUUCGAAACACAUGCCCUCAGGUGGCCCUUCAGAACACCUGCCUCGAUGGUGAGAAGGACCCUGGCUGGCUCUCCAGUGGAAAUUGAACCUUCCUAGGAAAUUAUAGUCCUUGAUGACAUUUUAUAGCUCUUCCUUUCAAUGAGAAUUGCCAUUUUAGCAUGUAACUUUUUACAGAAUCCUAUGCAAUGAUUCUAGAAUAUUGAAACUGUAUGAUGUGCUAAGAAUUUGUGACCAACAUUUUUAUAUAAAGACAGAUCCAAAACAACAUUUUUAUAUAAAGACAGACCCAAAACUUUUGAGAGGAACAAAAAGGGCUAAAAACCCACAAAACUUCCAAAAUAAAUUAAGAUGGAGAAUUCAAUGUCAGUUCUAUUUUAUUUUACGUUUUACCUUCUUAUUAGAAGUACUGUGAUUUACAUACUCUUAAUGAUGGUCCAACAUAAUUCCAACAUUGCACCCAUCACCUGUAUACCCACUUCCAUCUCUUAUGAAUCCCAGCAACCUUCCUUUUACCACAACCCCUCCAACUUAAUUGUGUAUAUUGGUUCUAUUGUAUGGCCUUUGGUCCUUUCUUCCGAGCUUUCUGUGUACCUUUAAGUGGGACAUAUGACUGAAAUCAUUCUGUAUUGAUCCUUUUCCAUCUGACUGACAUCAUUCUACAUGAUGUCCUAUAGCUGCAUCCAUCUUUCAGCAAAUUGCAUAAUUUUAUUCUUUCAUAAGGACUGCAUAGUAUUCCAUUGUGCUUAUAAACCAUAACUUGGUUCAUUCACCUGUAGUUGGGUAUUGAGUUGUUUCCAUGUUCCGUCUAUUGUGCUAAACUGAAGAUGCACAUAUCAUUUAAAAUUAAUUUUUCUACGUUUGUGGGUAGAGAUGCGAAGAAGUGGUAUUUGUUGUAUGAAGUUUCUAUGACUAUUUUUUGAGAGACCUUAAUUUUUCUCAAGCAUAUUUUAGUUCUAAAAUGCUUACUCUCCCUGCCCACUUUCCCAUGCAGCUCCAGACACAAACUUCUGGGAGAUAACUGUAUAAAAUUGUUAGAUGGAAAAGUUACUUUACAUGAGAUGGGACAUUACCAAGUAAUAUCAUCACAUCAGUGUUUUGAGAAUAACUUUUCAUUUGUUUUAACAUGCCUUAUGGUGAUAUGUGAAUUAAGAUUUUAGUAUCUUAUGCUUAUAUCAAUUGUGAAGAUAUUUGCUGCCCCUUAAGAAGAGUAAAAAAUUGUGAAUUGAGAGUUCCAACAAAUAAUUAGCUUAAUAAUAGUAAGAUGCAGCUUUAACCUUUUAAAAUUGUAUUUGUCAUUCAAGUAUUAUAGAGAAUAGUAGUAGAAAAUUAAGUUUGUUUGUUUAUUGAUUGAUUGAUUGAUUGAUUGAUUGAUUUGUGAGCCACUCCUGGCAAUGCUCAGGCCACUUCUGACUUUACACUUCAGGAUCACUCUUGGAAGUGUUUGGGGGCUGUAUUGGAAGCCAGCAGUUGAACCUGGGUCAAUUGCAUGCAAAGCAAGCACCUUAUCCACUUUACUAUCUCUCUAGCCCCAUAAAUAAUAGUUUAAUGAUGUAAGAUUGACUAUGGGAAUCUGUCUUAAAUUCUGUUUAAUAUUUUUAAUGUUACUUUAACAUUUCAGAGUGUUACAUCUCUAUGCUCAAAAAAAAUUGGAAUAUGUGAACUUAUCUUUAAAAAUAAUUAUUUUUAUCUUUAUUUAAAAUAUUUUAAUACUCCACUUAGUAAUUGACUUGGGAUGAUACUUGAGAUGAUGUGGAUUAAUGAGCUUCUUGGUUCUGACCAGAAAUGAAUAUGCUUUUCACUGUUAUUUAUACACAGAAAGAUGCAACAUGUUAAUUUUGAAAAUAAAUGGUGUAUUUUAUGUCUAUUUUAAUUUGUAAGUGAGUUGUUACUUUCAUUAACCACAAAUGUUUUAGUAUACAAUUAUAGAAUUCAUAUUUAUAAAAGUUGGUUUGUUCUAUUUAACUUAUUUAUUCCCAAAUAAUAAAAUUUAUUACCAUCA